UAACGUGAUAACAAGUGACGGAAAAAUAAUAAAUAUAAUAUUUGCAAUUUCCAUUAUUGGUGCUGUGAGCUGUUGUUAAAUUUGGUUAGCUGACACUUAAGUGUAGUUGUGUUAAAAUUUCUGAUUUUCGUGCCGUUUUUCGGUCCAGCGAACCGAUAUGGGAUUUUCCUUGUGGACUUUACUGGAGGCUGCGUUGUUGUGUUUGAACGCUGUUUGUAUUCUGAACGAAGAACGUGUAAUGGCCAAAUAUGGAUGGUCGACAGUAAACCAGGAUUUUCAGGAUACCACGUCGGCGAAAAUGCAAAUACUUACUCUCAUAAAAUCGAUACGAACCGUGGUUAAAUACCCGUUGAUAAUUAUCAACCUGCUCAUCAUACUCGUUAAGGCCAUUACCGGAUAGAAUGCAAAAAAAAACCUCUUCUUUUUUUGCAAAUGUUUAUUAAUUGUACAAUUUUUUUUUUUAACUCGUGUAAUCUAUACUUAUUUGUUUGCCCGUACGGUUUAAUAUUGUUUUGAUAUAUUAUAUGUGUAUAUUAUAUUAAGUUUAAUAAUAAUAAAAGCGUUUAUUUUUCUUUUACAA